GGCCGUGGGCUGGGGUGUUGCUAGGCCGCGCUCGGCCCGCGGGGAGGGGCCGGUCCGAGGAGCUGGGCGGGUUGUGCCCAGCCCUGCCGGAGGGGGAGGGCCGGGGCCGGGCACCCCGCCCCUCUGCCGCCGAGGGGUGGCUGCCUAUGGCCCGGCGCCUCUCAGCCCUUCUCCCGUGCAGUCGGCUGCAGGCGCCGUGAGGAGGGAGGCUGGGCUGAGCCGAACCGAGCCGAGCCCGCCCCGCCGGACGCGGCCCGGCGGCCGAGCAGGAGGCGGCGGGCGGUGAGGGGACGGGACGGGGACAUGGCGGAGACCGGCUCCGUGCACGCCACCAGGUUCGAGGCGGCCGUGAAGGUGAUCCAGAGCCUGCCCAAAAAUGGUUCAUUCCAGCCAACGAAUGAAAUGAUGCUGAAGUUCUAUAGCUUUUAUAAGCAAGCAACCCAAGGACCCUGUAACAUCCCACGACCUGGAUUUUGGGAUCCAAUUGGUAGAUAUAAAUGGGAUGCUUGGAGUGCCUUGGGAGACAUGUCCAAAGAAGAAGCCAUGAUAGCCUAUGUUGAAGAAAUGAAGAAGAUUCUUGAGAGUAUGCCAAUGACGGACAAAGUUGAAGAAUUACUGCAAGUAAUAGGCCCGUUCUAUGAAAUAGUAGAAGAUAAAAAGAACAGAGGAUCUGACCUAACCUCAGUUCGAAUGGAGAAAGUCUCUAAGUAUUUGGAAGACCUUAGUAAUGUCAUGAAUUCCACCCCAAAUCUAAAGGCUGUGAAUGGGAAAGCUGAAAGUAGUGAUAGUGGAGCAGAAUCAGAAGAAGAAGGGCUUCAUGAAGAGGAAGAAAAAGAACUGCAGCUAAAUGGAAAGGACUAUAAGAAUGUGAAACCAGAAUCAGCAGCUGCUAAGGAUUUGGAAAGUAUUGUUACUAAUGGCUGUUACAAGGACAGCUUUAUCCCAGAUAUGCAGAAUGGCAUCCAGACCAAAUCUGCCCUGAAUGGCUUGAACCUGGAGGAAGAAAUAAAGAAAAUGGAGCCAAGCCUAGAAAUAGCUAAUAACAGUGCUCACCAAGGCGCAAAUGAAGAGAAUACUGAAGAGGUCUCAGCAACUCAGCACUUAACCAGUGAUUCAGACAGUGAAGUUUAUUGUGACUCUAUGGAACAACUUGGACUAGAAGAGCCCUUGGAGAUCAUCACUUCAGCUAAAGGAUCUUUAAAGCAUUCAUCCCAUUUCUUGGAUGUAGAUCACAGUCUUCUGUUAGAAAAUACGGAUUUUCCAAGGCGCACUUGUAUGACUUACGGGAAUCUCCAACCUGGAAACACUGUAGAGGGAGUAGCUCAAGAACAAGGUGAAGUCAAGUGUGGAGGAGAAGAUGGCAAAGCCAGUAAUGGGGGCCCUCACAAGGAGAAGAAGGGUGGAGAAAAGGCGGAUUUCUACAGUGUCAGAAGAGGGAGAGGUCAUAGACUUCAGCCUCUAGGAGAUGGGUCACAAGGUGGACAGAUGGGUAGUGGAGGCGAUGGAGAGCGCUGGGGAUCAGACAGAGGACCCAGGGGUAGCCUCAAUGAGCAGAUUGCAGUAGUGCUGAUGCGGUUGCAAGAAGACAUGCAGAAUGUCCUUCAGAGGUUGCAUAUGCUGGAGGCGGUUACAGCAUCACAGGCAAAAUCUGCAACGCUACAGUCAAAUUAUCAGCCUGCCUCCUCUGUCAAGAAACCAUCAUGGUGGCCCUUUGAAAUUUCUCCUGGUAUUUUAGCUUUUGCUAUUGUAUGGCCGUUUAUUGCCCAGUGGUUGGUACAUGUGUAUCUUCAAAGAAAGCGAAGGUAAAGGAGAAAUCACUCCAUGCAGGCUGUCAGAUGAUUGACUUGAAUUGCACCCUGGCAUUUUCAUUCCAAUGGGAGUAUACUACCAAGCAGGAAGAAGCAUAGUUAAAAAUUAAUGGAGCCUGAACAAAACAUCCUGGAUUGAAAGUAUAGCUUCACACAUUCUUUAUUAUGUUUACAUUGGAGCUUAGCCAUUCCCAUUUUCCAAAUUUUUUGAAGCACAACUUAUAGUCAGCUAUUUGAAAUAUAAUCCAAGGUAAUCACUUCAGAACUUCAAGGUACUGGAAAUAUAUAAGUUAUUCUACCAGCUGGCAGAGGAGGUGCAAGAAUAGCCUUAUCACUCCUAUUAUUACAUUUAAGAUAGUAAGCAAACUAAAAGAAUGAAGUACUUCAAAGACAGUGAAAAUUACUUACAAAACCUAGAGAACUGAUGAGAGACAACAAUUGUCCUGGUGUACGUGAGUAGUCUUGCUUUGGCUUUGCCAUUGAUGGUGUAGUAAGGAUAUCUAUCAUAUUUAUCUCUACAAACAGACAAAAAAAAACCCUAUGAAGCAGGUCAGGUUUUCCUUUUGCUAUUAAAUAAGCAAAAUUACAGGCAUUUACUUAAGUUUUAUCCAGAGGGGAAAAAAAUGUAGUCACAUACUGAACAAAUAUACAAAAGAAGCCACCAAACCCAAGUGAAGACAUACCCAUACAUUCCUAUUCAAGACAAAUUGUUUCUUCCUGUACAUCCACCAUAAAAUUACAGUUUAUAAAUAUAGAAACUGUAAGAGUCCAAUUUCUAUUCCAGCAUACUAUGUUGUACGUGUUAUGUUUUCUAACUUGAUAGCAGCUUUGGUUUUUAGGUAGCAGUUCCAGCCUAUGGGCUACGAUGGUGAAUUUGAUUCAAAGCCUGCUUUCUUUCCCAAAGACAUCUCAAAAAAAGCUGCAGACAAAUUUUUCAUAGGUGAAAAUUUAACCUUAGAUGCCAUUUUUUGCUCACUAGAGGUAAGUAGGCUUAUAGCUUACAUAUGUUCAAGUAGACACCAUAAUCUCUCCCAUUUGAACUUCACAAUUAAAGCACUAUAUUAUAGAAAAUACAGUAUACUUAGGAUUUUCCUCUAUACUCUUAAAACCAUGAAUCAGAAACUCUAUAGACAACUCUGAAUUUCUACAUUCCUUUAACUACAUAAAACGGGUGUACUCGCCAGCAGCUGUCUCAAAAAACUGAACUGGUGCUGUGCAGCAUUAGUUGGCUGAUAUGGUUAAGGGGUUGGAGGUGCAAGCUAGUUCAGGAACUGGCUAUUCACUGUAAGACCUGCAGCCUAUUGCCUGUGCCAGACAGUCAUUUGACUAUUCACCUAUAUUUCUGCUACUUGGAAACAGUAUGUUCAUAUGCUGAAGUGCUGAUUUAUAAUCCCCUGUUAGGGACAAACCACCUCGCCCUGUCCCUCACAUUAAUGUCUGGAAGGUCCCAGUUCAGACUGGAAAUUAAUAUAUAGAAGGACAGAGAAACAUGAACUGAAGGCCAGAAGUAGCCAGAGAAACACCAAGAAAAAGCCUGAAUUAUUCAUUCACCCUUUGAAUUCUCUUAGUGGACUCCAUAGAAAACUUUGAAAUCCAUACCCCUCAAGAGAAAUGGCUCUAGAUCGUAUUUCAUACAACCUUGUCCCAAAGAAUAAAUACUACAGCUUCUGAAGUGCAAUGUAUAGAGCAGAUCCUUUACUAGCAUGUACCUUAUCAGUACUUACCUACUUGAAAUCAGAUAUUAGCGCAACAUUUGGGCUUAUUUAAUUGAAAGCUGCCCUCUAUGGGGAUGUAAAGGAUUCAAGAAUAUGGUAAUGUGACACUAAAAUACAUUCUAAUACAACCAAAAGGAUACAGACAAUCUUACCUCUGUUCAGAGUAACUCUGGAAAGCCCAAAGUCUGUCAACUUUAUAUGGCCCUGAUUAGAAAUGAGCAUAUUGUCUGGCUUCAGAUCCCUGAAGACAUGAAUAUAGUUGAAGUCAGCAAAAAGACAACUGAGCAAUAUUAAGAAAAGUUAACUGACCAGAAACACUCAAACACAAAACAUUGAUUAUAGCUGUUUCUCAGUAACAUCUCUUAGCCAGCAGAAGAUUCCAAGUGGAAGAAUACACCAAAAUAAUUAAACAUACCUAGCACUAAAUAUUGUACAAAUGUCUCAGGCCUUGUAAAACCACCGUGCAUGUCACAAGAGUUGUACAUUUUGUGUUUCAGCAGGUUUAACAAGUGUUCUUCAUAAGUACUACCAUCACAACAUUUACUAAUGUGUAGCUGCUACACAUGACAAGCAAACCUCUAGUAAAAGUUUUCAUGGGUGUUCUCUGUAGUACUACUGCAUGCAGUAAAGAACUCUCACUACAGGGGGAGCAUUAGAGUAGUCACUGUCCCUUUGUCCUACAGUUACAUGCUUGCAGUAUCCGGAGGGUUCCUGAGCUAACAGUCAUUUAAAAGCCACAGGGAGAGGGGACCUGGAAGGUAGCAUAGCUGCUAAUACACCACUGUACUGGGGGAAGAGCAUGUAGGCAGGGGAAAGCAGCAUAUAUUUGUCUGCUUAACAUAUAUGGACAGAUUUUAUUUUAGGUGUUGCUUCAUGAUAUUGCUGCAGUGUACACAUGCGAAAAGAGCUUCCAGAAACUCUAGCAAAUGAGGUAGCUGUUACUAUGAAAUGGUGAUUGGUUAUGUGUUCGAGUGAAAAAUUAAAAACCCAAACUACCAAAUACUUAUUUGUAAGAAAAAAAAAAAAAAGAGAAGUAGGUUUUACCUGUGGAUUAUCCCAUGCCUGUGAAGAUAGUCAAGAGCCAACGCUGCUUCAGAAAUAUACUUAACAGCCAUUUCUUCAUCAAAAUAUCCAUAAAUAUGGAGAAGAGAUUUGACAUCUCCACCAAUAAGGUACUCCAUCACCUGCCAUUCAAAAUUUAACAUUUUAAAACACAUUUUAAAUUUGCAAGUAAAAUAUAAAAAAGCUUUUACCCCUAGGAAAAUAUAUUUUCAAAGAGCAGAAGCUGAUAGAAGCUUCCUUGUGCGAACUUCAUUUCCCACACAAUACUUUUCACUUGGAUAAAAUAAUUAAAGCUUCAGAUGACAGAGAACAUGAAACAUUUUCUUUUAAUAGACCAUUUACUUAUUUUAUAUUAUUUGCCUAGCCUACUUUCUGUAGUUAGCUCUCAAAUAACUACUGUAGUCAGCUUUUUAAUUAACUUCUGAAAUAUUUAUAUAUUAUAGAAAAUAAAUUGCAAAGGACUUCUGUGAAACUCAAGGCCUGAAGCCAAAGACCACUAAUAUUUUGAUUUAUAUAGAACAGGUAUCUUAAGGAUUUUAUUUUGCAAAUGUUUAUACACAAUAUUAAAUUCAGACCUGAGCCUUGUGAAAUAAGCACAAAUUUCCAGAAAUGUAUACAGUCAGAGCUACUGUGCAUUUAAGACAUGAAAAAGAGUGUUUUAAAAAAACAUACACAUCCAGAAAAAAUUAUGCAAACUCACACACUAUUAUGGCCCAUGUCAUACCCAAGGUAAAAGAAAAGUCAGUGGGGUUGCAGAAACACAUUCUUCAAUGACAAGAACAAGUUUAUGGGGUUUUGGUCAAAAAAUCUCACUAGUACUUAGAUUCCAACAUACAAUACAAUACUAUUCCAUAUAUAUGACUAGCAUCUCUUUUACAAAUCCUUCAUCCUGAACUCCUCCACACAGCAGUUAACAGAGAUUCCAGGAAAAGAAGCUUUCAUUUACACUCAAAAUGCACUGUAGGAGUGCAUAGCAACCUCGCCAUAGAAUUUAAUCAAGCUGUUCACUGUGUGUACUUACAGCAAACCAGACAAAUUAUGCUAGAACCUCUGUACAGUCUUAAUCCAUACUACCUUUAUGCGGAGGCGGUAUAUAAAGCCAUAUUCAAGUUCUACUGUACUCCACAGUGCUCCAUGUGGACUAGCACUUAGUUUUGCCAUUCAGUUAUUCUCUUGUCACAAUGGCCAACUACCAUAACAAAUUUUGAGCGCAGGCAACAAGUAAAACAGAUGUUCUUUUAAGUGAGCCACAGGGUGUCUUUCAGUUACUUGGAUUCUGCUUGAACAGAAUGGUUUCUUGUUUUCUUUUCCCUAAGAUUUCUGCAUAUUCCUAAGACAGAUUAGCUAUUAAAAAAGACACUCUUGUAAAAAAAAAAAGGAACACAGGUGGAAAGAUCAUAAAGGUACCAGAAGAGCUCAACCAUUUCACUUGUUCAACCAUUCUAAGAAAGAAGAAUGUAAAAGUGACUAAGGAAUACCCCCACACUGACAUAAAAAUGUGUUUUCAGACAUGAAUAUAGUUCUACACUCCAUUUUCAACACUAUCAUAAAACACCACAGCCAUUUAUUUACUCACUAAAUAGACAUUAUUAGCUGACUGAAGCGAGUAGUAUAAGUGCACGAUGAAAGGACUUUUGCUGAGAGCCAAUGCAUCCCUCUCUGCCUGGACCUGGUGAACCAUGUUUUUGUUGAUCAUGUCUGCUUUUUUCAUCACCUGAAAA